CUCUUAAUCAUCAUCAUCAUCUCUCUCUCUGCUAUAAAUCCCUUCUUCACAAAGGCCUCCAGCUCCUGCCGAAGCAUCGGUAACCUGUACCAAUAUCUUGUCCUCACAGAUUUUGAUGGAUGUUUCAAUGAAUAAAAAUUCAUCUAUGAAUAGAGCAGCAGCGUCUGAUCAGGAGAGCAGUGGUUGGACAGCUUAUUUUGAAGAUUUCUCUACCCAUAGAGAUCAAGAUGAUUGUUUCUCUUCUGGUUUUGGUAGCUCUUCAAUGGUGUCUGAUGCCGCAUCUUAUCCUGCAUGGAAAUCGUCAACUCAUCAUAAUUAUAACCACUGCUCUUCCAUCGGGGACUCGCCAACCCCAAUUAUCCCUAACAAGUUAUCUUUCAAAAAAACAAGAGCCAGAAAAUUUUCUCAUCAUGAUGAUUCCUUGGAGGACACGGCUAGUUCUCCUGUUAACAGUCCCAAGGUUAGUGAUUUUCUUACCACUGAUAUGAAUCCCAGGAAAUCAAAUGAUCAUUUCAAUAGUUCCCUGAGUAAAGAAGGUGGGUUAGAGCAUUAUGGGAGAGUAGAGGAGACAGAUGAUGAUGAAAGAUGUGAAAUGAAUAAAGACUGCACAGAAUUGAAGAAGAGAGGACUGUGUUUGGUUCCUUUGUCCAUGUUGGUGAACUACCUUGGUUAAUUAAUCUUCUAUUAGUUGAGAUCUCUCUCUCUCUCUCUCUCUCUCUCUCUCUUUCUCUCUCUUAUCCAUUGCAGCAGAAGCUUGUUCAGGCUGAAAUUGUAAGGGAGAGAAUCCUGUUGAUAUAUAUGUAUGAUGUGAAAUAGACCAAAUCUUCAUAUCUUCUUCUUUAACCUAAAGCUGGAGCAGAUCUUCCAUCUGCUUUUUUGUGUAUAUAUUCUCAAAAGAAGAGGAAGAAGACAAUGUUUGGCAAAUCAUGUGAAAAUCAGUUUCCAUUGCAUGGUAACUUCAAACUAAAAUAAUAUAUAGCAGAAGAAGGAACGCAUUAUUAACUCUACAAAGACCAGUUGCUUGAAACUAGCUAAAGUUAUGUAAUUUUCUUGAGUACUUUUGGAAUAAAAUCUCUUUUCACA